CCAGCGCGUCGCGGGCGGGCCGCGGCGGCGGCGCCCGCGGCCGCCGGAGCGCAGCGGCGGUGCCGGCCGAGGGGCUGGCGCCGGAGACGACCCGCAUGCUUGGCUUGAGCAGGUGGAAGAUGAGAAGUGUAUCGGGUGGGCGAAGUCUCGCAAUGCGCACGCGCUGGCCGCGCUGGGGGACCCCCACGAGGACCCGCUGUACAGGCGCCUCCUCGACAUCUACGACAGCAAGGAGAAGAUUACGCACGUUGCCAAGACGGGGCAGCUGUAUUACAACUUCUGGCAAGAUGCCGACCACGUGCGCGGCGUCUGGCGCUGCACCACGUGGGAGGAAUUCAGGAAGCCGCCCGCGGAGGUGUCCUGGGAGACGGUGCUCGACGUGGACGCGCUGGGCGUGCAGGAUGGCGCCAGCUGGGUGUGGCACGGCAAGGUCCUGCUGCACGAGGGGCCCGAGAUUGAGCCGGAGCUGUGCCUGGUGAAAUUGUCGCCAGGUGGCUCGGAUGCAGACGAGGUCCGCGAGUUCGACCUGAAGAAGAGGCAGUUUGUCCCCGAAGCCGAAGGCGGCUUCCGGCUCCCCGCCUGCAAGUCGCAGGUCUGCUACUUCGAUCGCGACACGCUCAUCGUGGGCACUGAUCUGGGCAAGGAGGGGGACAUGACAGACUCCGGCUACCCCAAUCGCGUGCGGAUGUGGAGGCGGGGGACACAGCUGGCGGACGCUCCCGUGGUUUUCGAGGGGUCCACGACAGAUGUGGCGACGUUCUCGCAUCGGUACCUCGACCGUGGCGUGUGGCAUGAGGUGAGAUCGCGCAUGGUGACUUUUUACACGUCGGAGUACACGUGGAAGCAUGGAGGGGAAUGGAAGAAGCUGGACAUUCCAGAGGAUAUGUCCGUCUCGACCUUCAAAGACACGUUCCUGCUCACUCUCCGCAGCGACUGGAGCGUGAACGGGUGCACCUUCAAGCAGGGUGCCCUCCUGUCCAUCGGUCUGGAGGCCUUCUUCGCGGGAGACCUGUCGAGCAUCACCGUUCUUUUUGAGCCUUCCCCGUCGGAGUCGCUUCAGAGCCAGUGCGGGACACUGAACUUCCUGAUUCUGGGGCUGCUGAGCGACGUGAAGACAAAGUUGAAGGUGUGGGAGUACAAGGCUGGAGCCUGGCAUCACAGAGGAGACCAGACUGACUACGGCAUGGAGAGCAUUGACCUCCGUGCUGUGGAUUCUGACUGUUCGGACGAUCUGUGGGCCACGGUUUCAGGCUACAUCCGCCCGUCCAGUCUCUACCUCGCCUCGAUCGGGUCCAUUCUCGAGGGGAAGCUGCUGAACGAGCCCCCACUGAAGGCCCUGCCGCACUUUUUUGAGGCGGGCGACCUUGAGGUGCAGCAGCACUUCACGCCGUCCAAGGAUGGCACAAUGAUACCUUAUUUUCAGAUUUGCAAGAAAGGCCUGAAGCUGGAUGGGUCGAACAAGACUCUGCUGUAUGGCUAUGGUGGCUUUGAGGUCAGUCUGACGCCUGGCUACAGUGGUUCGCGCGGGUGUGCGUGGUUGGAGCAGGGUGGAGUGUGGGUGGAUGCGAAUAUUCGAGGUGGUAGCGAAUACGGGCCACAGUGGCACCAGUGCGCGAAGAAGGCCAAUCGCCGCAAGUGCUAUGAGGACUUCGAGGCCGUCGCGGAGGAUCUCAUCGCAAGGGGUGUCACGCGCAGGCAGCAUCUUGCCUGUCGCGGUGGGUCGAACGGCGGCUUGCUGAUAGGCAACAUGCUAGUCAGGCGCUCCUGGGAGCUGUUUGGGGCCCUCGUGUGCGAGGUGCCCCUGCUAGACAUGAAAAGGUUCCACAAACUGCUGGCGGGUGCUUCCUGGAUGGGCGAGUACGGCGACCCUGAUAAGGACUGGGACGACUUCCUGCAUGAAUACUCCCCCUAUCACAACGUCUCGGAUGAGACAGCGUACCCGCCGAUUUUCUUUGUCACCUCCACGAAGGAUGACCGAGUUCACCCUGCGCAUGCACGGAAGAUGGUCGCCAGGAUGCUGUCCCAUCCCACUGGUGCUGCCACCACAUUGUACUACGAGAACAUAGAGGGGGGUCAUGGUGGAGCCGCUGACAACAAGCAGCGUGCUUAUAUGGAUACUCUGAAAUUCAAGUUUUGUUUGAAGAUGCUCGGUGAUGUUCAGGCGUGAGCCAGCUUAUUUUAAUACGGUGUGGCCGUCUAAGGUCAAGGAUUGCUUGGUUUAAUAUAAGACGCCUACGGAUCUCGCCAAACGUUGGCCGAGGUUUCCGAGGCUCAUUUCUCAAUAAAAUUGUUUUUAUUCCCUCAGCAUUCGGUUGGGACUCGGGUAGGUUGAGUGCUGGUGUGCACCAUUGAUGCUCAUCGUCUUGUUUUCCAGCCAAGAGCCUCUACGGAACGUAGCGCCCCUUCACCCAGUUUUCAGUGCGGCAAUGCCUCGCCACUCUCGUCUCUUGCGCGCCUCACUCCACUCGCUGUCCGCGCGCGAGAGCUUGUUCGCUCAUCGAUUUGAUGGGGAAGCUUACACACGCGGCCGAGCAACAAA